AUGGACUCCAAAGACCGGCAAUUGUACCAUGUCCCAGCAGGUCCUCUACCCCCACCAAGCUACUCCGAGGCAACUACAACCGAUCCUCUCACCACAGAUGGCUUUGUGUCUCCUAUGACAACAACCUCCAGCCCCGUCGCCUUCAAUGUCUCAGUGUCACCAAUGGCCAUGACCCCUAUAGCCUCUCGAUCGACCGAGUCAUUUACACUACCCCCCGUCACCGAAACAGGUCUCAACUCUCGUAAUCAUAGUACACUCGAGGUAGCACAUUCUCCUCGAGCUGAUUCCGAUUGCCUUCCCCAGGCCGUCAUGCACGAUGCGCCCGAACUUGCCCUCGUGGAAUACGCCCAUAAUCGCGACAACUUACCUAUGAGUAUAACAUCACAAACAAAUAUCGAAUAUGCAUCUGGUUUGGAAGUCAUACCUGCUCCUCCUAGAUCGAAUACGGUGACACCACUACAUCUCCUUGGGGAUCAACCUGAAGCCAUUGAUUGUCCGUUCUGUCUACGCCGAAGUGAAACAAUAGUAAAGAAGAAGCCUUCCAGCACAACUCAUCUACAAGCUGUUGCGCUGCUUAUGACCACAGUCUGUGGAGCAGUAGCUCCAUACAUGGCAAAGUGGUCAUUCGAUAUUGAGCACAUCUGCGACAACUGUAAAAAUAGGGUCAUGUACAAAGCAAAAGGGAAGGAUAUCAGAAUUUGUAAAGCACCGGAAGCUUGGAAGGAGGAGUCAAAAUACCCCAGUGUUAAUACUAGUAUGAAUCUGGUUACUGAGUAA